UACUAUUCACUAUAGAAUCAUAUAAAGUUGAUACAAAGGUGUGUCAAAGGAAUUUCCGUGUAGAGAAAAAAACAAUGGCCGCAAAAAUGACCAAACAGCAACCAAAAACUGCUGAGAGAACAUCCAUACUCCACCAAUCAAAUCAGUACUUUGUGAAAAGAAUUCUUUCAAGAGAUUCAUCUGUUGGUUGCUCUAAUCGUUUAUAUUAUCAUCAUAACCCUGGUGGGGUUCCAUUCAAAUGGGAAUUGAAGCCUGGCAAGGCCAAAAAUCCACAACAGCAUGAUAAUAAAAUCACAUCAACCAUUGACCCUCCACCGGCUAAGCGUCUCCUAGGGGUGUCUAUGGCAAAGAAGGCUUCCUCGUCGGGUUCAAAGCCAAAGGCUUGUUCAUGGAAGAAGUUCAAGAAAAACCUAAAGGGUAAGAAGAAUGUCCAAGUUAAGUCACAAGACUCUCAACCAGAGGGUGACGUUGUUGUUGAUUUUAAGCAUGGCUCGGAUGAAUUAGAUGGGUGUGAGUUUUCUAGGUCGGACAAGGAGUUUAUGGCUUUGAGUAGUGGUUCAAGCAGUUCAUCAUCGGGGUCAUCCUCUAAUAAUAAAGCCAUUGCUCUGCAUCGCCCUUGGAAAUUGAAGAAUCUUACCAAGGGUUUUGUUAGAUGGAAGAUCUAAUUGCAAUACUCCAUAGAAUGUUGAGGUUGGUGUUUUCAAAAUUUUUUUUUCUUUUAGAAAAAAAUUGUGGGACUGUUUUAUUUGUGUAAAUUUUUAAGUACUAGGUUGACAUUUUGAACUUUUGUUUUUCUUUUCACAAAACAUGUGGCUAAAUGUGCGUGUGUUUGCACAAUAGGCAAAGUGUUAGUGUAGAAACCCUA